AUUUCGUCAUAUAUUUCAGUGACGAUCCUAAAACUCUGCCAUUACAGAUUGAAUAUUUACGCCCAAAGAAAUUUCUACUCAUAAAGGUAAAAUUCCUCUUUCUUUUUCCUUGUAUUGAAGCUAGGGUUCUUGCUCCGGUGCAAGCUUUCUAGGGUUUUACGAUCUGCAAGCAUUCAGCUUCGGUUCCGAGUCGUUUCGCAAUGCCUCGGUAUUACUGUGAUUAUUGCGACACUUAUUUGACCCACGACUCUCCAUCAGUUAGAAAGCAACACAAUUCAGGUUAUAAACACAAGGCGAAUGUUAGAACUUACUAUCAGCAAUUUGAGGAGCAACAGACCCAGAGUUUAAUAGACCAAAGGAUCAAGGAACAUCUGGGCCAAGCUGCGGCUUUCCAGCAGGUUGGAGCUGCUUUCAAUCAACAUUUAAUGGCUCAGAGGCCCCGACUUCCUAUUAUGCCGAUCCCCGGGGCCGGUCCGUUACCUGUAAAUCAACCGAUGGUCCCAGGAAUGAGGCCCCCUGUUUUGCCAAGAUCUGUUCCUGGUGCUCCUGGUUAUGCUCCCAUUCCAGGCAUGCCGCCGAUGAUGGCACCACCUGGUGCUCCUUUGCCGGGACAAUUUAAUAGCCUUCCACGACCUCCUACAUUGGCUACUCCAACGACAGUUGCCGGAACUGCGAUGACACCCACUUCUUCUAAUGGAACCCCAGCUACGUCUGCACCAUAUCAGGUCAGUCCUGCUGCCCCAACAAGUGGCGGGUUUGACAAUUUCAAUGCCCAUACACAACCUUCUGAAGCUAAUCAAUAAUCUGGUUAAACUCACAUGUUUUGCUUCCAUAUUAAUGUAAGAGGUUAAGCCCAUAUAUGUUGUUGAACAACAUGAAGCUUUGGGGUCGGUGACGGGAGACUUUGGGUUUAACUUAGGGUCUAAAUUGAUAUUUUUUUAAUUUAGGGGUUAAAAUGAUGUUUUA